AUGAAGGCUGCCACGCUCCAAGUGCAAGCGAUUCUUCGAACACUGCGAGAUCGCACCCUCUAUUUGGCAGAGCUGCAGAAGAGCAAAGCUAGCGUUACUUUGCAGGCCAGCCUCCGGAUGCUGGCCCAGCGUUCGGUCUUUGUGAAGCGAAGACUGCAGGCGGUCCGGAUUCAGAGCAUCUGGCGAGGGUGGUCGUGCCGGCGAAAAAUCGGGAGGUUGAAGGGCAAGCUGGCAGCUGAUCGUAUUCAGAAAAUGCGGGAGGACGAAGAGAAGAAGCAAGCCUUCGAUGAGGCCAAGAAAGCAGCACAGGAGAAGGCAAAGGCCCUGGAGGCGGUGCAGAGGCAGCUCCAAGAAGAGCGGGAGCGCGCGGAGCGUGAGAGUGCCCAGAGGGAGGAGGAGAGGGAAAAAGAGAGGAUGAGGGAGGCCAAGACUGAGCAGACAAGAGCCAAAGAACUCGAGUCGGGUCAGCUGGAGCAGCUCCGAAAGGAGCUCUUUGAGGCCAAGAAAGAAAAUGCGCGUCUCCAGGGCCAGCUCGACACAAAAUCCUCUGAGACGGGGGCAGAAGUCAGUGCUGCAAACUUUGAUGCUCUCCGAGCUGAGCUGCAAGAGGCCCGUCGCGAGAAAGUCCGCCUGGAAGUGGAGAUGACGACUUGUAAAAGCGCCGAAGAGUUCACUGCCAUCGCAGACGAGCUCGCGCAGCUGCGUGAGGAGUGCUCGUCCUUGCGGAGGGCCAAGAGCAGUGCAGAGACGCAGCUAGACCAGAAGAAGUCGCAACUGGCAAGCGUAGAAGAGAAGAUGAGCAGACUCGAAGCUCAGACCGUGGAGUUACAGGUCUUGAAAUCCUCGAAUGAUGACCUGCAAAUCCAGCUGCAGCGCCUGACCUCACAGAACCAGGCAUUGGAGCAAAGGGCGCAGACCGAAGGAUCCCUCCGAAACGAGCUGCGAGAUCUCAAAGUUGAGAAGAUCCGCCUGGAGGGAGACUUAGAUACCCUGAAGCUGCGAGAAGAGGCCAUGGCGGCCAAGCUAAAGGGGUCGGAUAAAGCAGGGGCAGAAGUACAGCAACUGCGCUCCCGUGCGAUGGCUGCGGAAGCUGAGCUGGAACAGAGCCGGCACCAGCUGGAGGCCUUGCAGCAGCAGAUCGAGCGGAGCAGCCGGGAAGCCGGGAGUGAGCGCGCGAGCUCUCUGGACCAACUUCGAAGCGAGCUGCUUGCACGGAUUGAGCCCAAGUCGACUUCCCACGUCUCAGAUCCGAGCAUGCGGCCCUCCAUCCUCCCUGACGAAGACGGCCGAAAGAGCAUGUUGGGCCAACGUGAGAUGAUGGAGAGGUUGAAGCAGCAGUUCAACGAGGCAACGCGGGAGCAGACCGAGGCGAAGGACCUCGAGCAGCUGCCCAUGGGGAACGCUGACCGAGAGUUGGAGCUUGAAGAAGAGCUCCGACGGGUCAGGAAGGAGAACGUAGAGCUGAGCAUCAGGCUUUCCAGUUUGGAAGAGGACCUGAAGGACAAGCAGCAGGAGUCAACCCACCUGCUUGGAAGCAGCAGUGGCCUCAAGGCCGAGCUGGAGGAUCUGAAGAUUCAGCUCGAACAGGAGAUCUCGAGUGCCAAGAGGCAAGCAGCAAGAUCCGGCGAGCUUCAGGAUCAGCUGCUGGCUGCCGAAGCUGAGCUCCCCAACUUGCGGAGGCGGCUCACAACGGCGGAGGAGCAGCUCCUUCAGGCGCAGGAGGAAGCUCGGACAUCUCAGCAGCGCUGCAGCCAGAUGCAAGAUGAGAGCCGCUUGCUCCAGCAGCAGCUCCACCAAUUCCAGGCCUCCGCCUCCGCGUGUGCAGUUCGGGAGCGUGAAGCUGAUGACCAGGUGAGAGGGUACAAGGACCAGCUUGAGGCCUUGCAGCAGGAGAUGGAGGCAAGCCGAUCACAGAGCGAGUCUUCUCAGAGGCAUUUGCGUGGUGAGUGUGAGAGGCUCAAGGUGGAGCUUGCCGAAGCCAACAGUGAGCGCGGCAAGAUGCGUGGCAUUGUCGACGAGGUCCUGAAGGCCCAAGAAUCUCAAGACCUGGAGAAGUGGAAAGUGAAAGCUUUGCACUUCGAGAAGAAAUACGCGGAUGCAAAGAAGCUCAAUGAAGAAAUGACGCAGGUGAUGUCGCAAAUGACAAAAGAAGUGAGAGAGCGAUCUGAUGGCACUGGAGAUGCCUCCAGACAGGUCAAGGAGCUGCAAAGACAACUCGAAGCAAAGACUCAGGAGCUACGCGGUGCCAAGCAAGAGAGAGAUGAAGCCCUGCACAAAAUUAACGAAAUGCAGGGUUCCGGCGAAUUCUUCAAGGACAAGUACAGACAGUCGCAGGAGGAACUGAAAAAGCUGCGUGAGGCACAUUCUGUGGCGGCGGCUACAAACGAUGUGCUGAAAGCCAGACUUCAAACCAUCGACAAUUCAAACAACGUGCCGCUCGAGCCGGACGACAGAAAGAACGUGAAGGCCGGGGACACUGAACAGCGAUCUGCUGAGCUCGAGGAGCUCCAAUCGAGGCUUCAAAUGCAAGAUGUGAAUAAAACUCGACUGGAGGCCGACGUGGCCAAGCAGCACGAGAUCAACGACUGCCUCUUGUCAAGAUGGCUAUCCCUCCACCCUGACCGAUUGUAG